CUCUGAUAAUUGUAAAAUUGUGCCAGAAAAUCAGAAAAUUAGUUUGUUUAAAAUAAAUUAAAAUUGUAAUAUAAAAAAAUGCUGAACUGUGUUUACGCUGGCAUGAGGGUAGCCACCAAGGCUCAAAUGUCUGGAAUUGCUGUGCAGAGAAAUUGCAACUGGUACCGCAAUGGGCGUGGCGAGCGCAACUAUAAGGUGACCGUCGUGGGCGCUGGAGGUGGGAUCGGCCAGCCAUUGUCGUUGCUGCUCAAACAGAACGCGUUGAUCGACGAUCUGACCCUUCACGAUUUAUCCCCAACAAAGGGGGUGGCCACUGACCUCUCACACAUUUGCACCCGCACACAUGUCAACUUCUUCGAGGGAGUGAAGCAGGAAGGACUUAUUGAUUCACUGAAAGAUGCAAAUGUGGUCGUCGUAGCUGCUGGGCAGCCCCGGAAGAUGGGCAUGACACGUGAUGACCUGGUGACAGCUAAUGCCACUAUAGCAAUGGCUGUGUCCUGUGCCAUGAGCAUCUCCUGCCCUGAGGCCAUGCUCGCCUUCGUCACAAAUCCCAUCAACAUGUUAGUGCCCAUUGCAGCGGAGUUUUUGAAGGCCAGAGGUGUCUACGAUCCGAAACGUCUGUUCGGCGUCACAACUCUGGACGUGGUGCGUGCCAAGACAUUCAUUGCGGAAUUCAUGAGCAUUAAUCCAUCCCUGGUGGACAUACCAGUCAUCGGUGGCCAUUCCGGCAACACCAUACUGCCUGUCUUCUCACAUUGCUCACCUAAAUUUACGGGCGUCGAGGACGACGUGAAUCGCCUGACAAAACGCAUUCAGGAUGCGGGCAACGAGGUGAUCGCGGCGAAGGCUGGCGCAGGCUCUGCUACCCUCUCAAUGGCCUUCGCAUCGGCCUAUUUCGUCAAUGCUCUGCUGCGUGGCCUGAACAACGAGCCGAAUGUGAUCGAAAGCGCCUACGUGAGCUCCGAUGUCACCGACCUGCCAUUCUUUGCCACGCCGGUGCUGUUGGGUCCCUAUGGCAUCAAGGAGAAUAUGGGUCUGCCCGAGCUGAAUACGGCCGAGCAGGCUGCGCUCGAGAACAUGCUGCCCGAGCUGGGACAGAGCAUUCAGGCGGCCAUACGCUUGGCACAGUUUGUGCUCAAGGAGUCCAACGUGGGCCGGGCCCAAGGCGAAGCGACUGCAAGCGCCAGUUCCGCUUCUGCGCAAUUAGCGUAGAAAAACUAGGAAGCGCAACUCGCGACUAACGGCUAAUCAAGAGGCGGCAUCUUGACGCAGUUCCUCAUUCAUUAAAUUAAAUUACGAACACUAUAUAUAUACAUGCACAUAUGCAUACUACAUGUAUGUGAAACUAGUAUGCUAGGUUGGGGUCGUCGCAGUCAAUUGGUGAAACAUCGUCAUGUUGCUGAUAAGUGCUUGCAUAGGCGACUACUGAUUAUACUGCUGGCAGCUCCAAGGGGAAUCCAUGUCAGAGUUUCCAUGAUGCAAUUCCCCAGCCGAUCCGUGCAAUGCGUUCAAUUUGUCGUGUUUGUCGUGCUUCCCCAAAAUAUUUUCCGAAUCUAUUCCUAAAUGAUCUCACUGGACGUAUUCCCUGCAUUCAUUAAAUCAAUUAAUUCAGUAAUCGAACCCAAU